UGACGCUUGUCGAAGUUUCAUUCCACCAAAGGUCGAACAGAAGAGACGGCUCGAACUUCAACAUGAGACUACCAACCAUCUCGAUAGCCUCCACGCCGCUGUGCGUUCCUCGCGGCGCGCUUCCUGUCCGGCAGAGCCGCUGCCUGGUGGUCACCCCCGUGACGUUUCCCAGCAUCGCAGACUCGGCCUGGCUGUGGACGAGCUGCCAGAAUAUUCCAAGACUGAACCCUUUACAUCCACCUUUGGUCCACAAACGCAUCGUCAGUCUGGAGACGCCUGCUGUUCACCACCACAACCACCAGAGGUCCCUGGCGAUGCAGAGGAGAGAGUACCACAGGUAUCAUCAAGUGUGGCGGAAACCUUUCUAUGGAACCAGCAGUGAGAGAGAAGAGUACAGGAAGGAGAUGCGCGAGCACUUAAAGAGGCAGAUGGAGGAGAAAGGCGUCGCGCUCAAGCUGCAGCUGGCCAGCAGGGCGAAGGACGCGGAGCGUCUCCGAGAAGUGGACCGCCUCGCCCUCUCCGGCGAGAGAGAGCGACGGAUCCGGCACGGCGAAGCCAUGACGGCCUAUAGAGACGAGAACAAGAGGCUAAUGGAGCAGCGCUGGAGGGACAGAGCACUAACCCGCUCCCAGGAGAGCCUAAAGGAGCGGGAGCUGCUGUGCCUCAACCCCAUUAACUGGAGCGGAACACUGAAAUAGGAGGAGCCUCGACAGCCAGUCAAAAGUCCAAAAGAUGGAAGUGGGACGUUCGGCACAUGCGAUUAGUGCCGUCAAAGCUUUUGUAAAACUGAAGAACCGGUUGAACUGUCCAGCGACCCUUUGCGUACACAGGACUGACGUUGCACUCCUAUGCUGUCAGACAACUGGCUGUUCUUUUUAUUUAUUUUUUAGAAUCAACAACGCAGCAGAACCGGAGAGUCAUCUUUUUAACCCUCCUGUUACCUUCAAAUUUACUAACAUCUUUUACCCUUUUUGACCACAGCAAUCAAAACCUCCAGAAAAUGAUUAAAAUUAAUAUAGUUUCCCAAGUUUUAGUGUCAGGUACUUUUUGUUUGUUGACUACCUAAAUAGCCCUUUAAAUAAAUAAUAAAGUUGAUAUUUCUUAUGUUUUACAGUGAAAAACAGCCUGGGGUCAAAUUGACCCCAAAGAACACCGAUGCGUACAAGUUGUGUUCAGGACAGUGAAAACAUCAUGUGAAUUUGAUGUUUUCCCAAUAAAUUAGGAAAAGUCAUGAAAUAUGAAGCAAACUAAAUUAUGUCAAUCAUAUUUUUAUUGACGUUAAACAUUGAAUGGGGUCAAAUUGACCCCAAAGGUAAUAGGAGGGUUAAAUGUUGUGCUUUUGGUUGUGCCUACAUUACCCACGAUGCAGCGUUGCCAUCGACAGUUCUGUUGGGGGAUUGUAGCGUCACGCCAGUCGUGAGGAGCGAGGUUACCGAGGUCUGGUGAACUCACUUCCUUGUAACUCGUUUUUUUUUUGUAAUUUUAAAAACAGAUUUCACGCAGCUCAACAUACUUUAUCCAACGACGUCCACGUGAGGAGUAGAACUCCAAGAUACCUGCAAACAGAAUUUGAUGUGUAAAUAAAACCCAACCUUUUAAGAGUU